CAUUGAGCGAGAUGGCGCAUCUGUCUUUGUACUGCCUGCUGGCUCUGUCGUUUUUACAGUUGGUGGCCUCAUCGGGUGUAUUUGAAUUGAAAGUUCACUCGUUCAGCACAACACGCCGCUUCUGCAGGAGGACGCGAGAGUGCAACAUCUUUUUCAGGAUUUGUCUCAAACAUUCAGAGGACGUCAUCUCUGCCGAACCACCGUGCACUUUCGGGACGGGUCAGACCAGUGUCCUCCGGGCGGACCAGAACUCUAUAUCCAACAGCGCAGCCAUCCGAGUGCCUUUUCACUUCAAGUGGCCGGGGACAUUCUCUCUUAUUAUUGAGGCAUGGACUGCAGAGUCUCCCAAAGAGCAUCAUGACUACAUAGAGAAUCAAAACAAUCUGAUUAGUCGUUUAGCAACACGAAGACGCUUGGCGAUUGGGGAAGACUGGUCGCAGGAUGUUCAUUUUGGCGAGCAGAGUGAGCUACGUUACUCUUAUCACGUUUUCUGCGAUGACUUUUACUUCGGCGAGGCAUGUUCAGAUUACUGCCGUCCCCGUGAUGACACACUGGGACACUACACCUGUGAUGAGAACGGGAACCGGGAAUGCCUGCAAGGAUGGCAGGGAGACUACUGCUCUGACCCCAUCUGCUCUUCUGACUGCAGUGAGCGACACGGUUACUGUGAGUCACCCGGUGAGUGUAAGUGUCGUCUGGGAUGGCAAGGGCCAUCCUGCAGUGAGUGUGUACAUUACCCUGGCUGCCUGCAUGGGACCUGCUCGCAGCCGUGGCAGUGUGUAUGUAAGGAGGGUUGGGGCGGCCUCUUCUGUAACCAGGACCUCAACUAUUGCACUAACCAUAAACCCUGUGCUAAUGGCGCCACCUGCACCAACACUGGACAGGGCAGCUACACCUGCACCUGCCGGCCAGGAUAUGGUGGCACAAACUGUGAACUGGAGAUUAACGAGUGUGACUGUAACCCCUGCAAGAAUGGCGGCAGUUGCAACGAUUUGGAGAAUGAUUACUCCUGUACAUGUCCUCAGGGAUUCUAUGGGAAGAACUGUGAGAUCAUUGCGAUGACUUGUGCGGAUGACCCCUGCUUUAACGGAGGGACAUGUGAGGAGAAAGUCACUGGUGGCUACAUCUGCCGCUGCCCCCCAACCUUUACUGGAUCCAACUGUGAGAAGAGACUGGACCGCUGCAGCCACAAACCAUGCGCUAAUGGCGGUGAGUGUGUGGAUCUGGGUGCUAGCGUUCUGUGUCGUUGUCGCCCUGGUUUCACUGGCCCUCGAUGUGAAACAAAUAUUGAUGACUGUGCUCCCUUUACGUGUCAAAAUGCUGGAACCUGCAUUGAUGGCAUUAAUGACUACACCUGCACCUGUACAAUGGGCUUCACUGGAAAAAACUGCAGCCUCCAGGCAGACGCUUGUCUCACAAGCCCAUGUUUACAUGGAGGAACAUGCUUCACACACUUCACAGGGCCAGUGUGUCAGUGUGUGCCUGGGUUCAUGGGUCUGACCUGCGAGUUUCCUGUGCAGGCAGGUUUGGAGCUGAUGGCUCCCCGGUCUGGGCGAACCUCACCUUCAACAGUGGCAGUCUCAUGCGUGUUAGGUUUGUUGGCUGUGUUUUUGGGAGUGUGUGUGGCACUGGUUGUGAUCAGGAGGAGGAGGCAUAGGCUGCGCAGACAGCAGCUGUGCGAUUCUGUGUUUAAUGAUUUGGAGACGGUGAAUAAUUUAGACAGGCAGCACUAUCCCUAUGACAGAGACUUCAGUCACUCUGCGAGUCAGGUGAAACCCUGCAACACUGUAGACAGACUCAGUCUCUCAUUGGCUGGCUCUAACACGCUGCCUGCUGGGCAGGACUUCCUGUGGAGCACUGGAGGAGGGCUUAGAUGAGACAACACAGACAAAAAUGUGUGUAAAUGGCUAUAAAUACACAAACAUGCUCAUGCAUAUACAUACUACUGUAUGCAUACUGUAUGCAUAAGAUAUACACAGAAACACACAAAUAUGUUCAUGUACAUACACUCACAUGCAGGGAUAAGAAUCUGGAUUUAGCACUUGCUUUUGUCUUAAUUUUUAUGAAUGAAUGCAUAAGUGAACAAAUGAAUGAAUGAAUGAUGUAUUAACAACUGAAUAAGGGAUUGGACCUUUGCCAUCUGUAUAGGUGGAAAACUCUGUAAACCAAAAAAUGCUUGGCUCUGUGAAUCUGUUUUCAUAUGAAGACAGACACAGAGCCCUUAUAGGAAUAUUCCGUGUUCAAUACAAGUAAAGCACAAUUGACAGCAUCUGUGGCAUAAUGUUGAUGACCACAAAAAUAAUUUCGACUCGUCCCUCCUUUUCUUUAAAAAAAAGAAAAAAAAUCAAGGUUAAAGUGAGGCACUUACAAUGGAAGUGAAUGGGGCCAAUUUUUGGAGGGUUUAAAUGGAGAAAUAUGAAGCUUACAAUUUUGUUAAAGCACUUACAUUAAUUCUUCUGUUAAAACUCAUGUAUUAUUUGACCUGUAAAGUUCGUUUUAGAGUUUAUUGACUACAUUGUCAUGGCAAUGAAGUUGUAAAAUUGGCUAUAACUUUACACAGAAAAGGUUAAGCGAUUUUAUAACACUAAAAUCAUGUUAACAUGCUAAUUGUUUAUGUCUUGUGGCUAUACUUUUGAAACAGUGAGUAUUUUAAUGUUUAUGGAUUGGCCCCAUUCACUUCCAUUUAAGUUGUUUUUGCUUCUUUUUUUUUUAAGAAAGAAAGGAGCAAUUCAAGAUCAAUUUUUGUGGUAAUCAACAUUAUGUCACAAAUGCUGUCGAUCGAGCUUAACUUGUAUUGAACCCGGAAUAUUCCUUUAAAGCUGAAAAAGACUUAGGUUACAGAACUGAUAUCUUUAUACAAAGAUAAAGGAAUUAAAAUAACUCUAAGAGAACUAAGUAAGGAAAUACCUCUAAGAGAGAAAAACAGAAGAGCAUGACAAGGUUAAAUGCUCUCCAGUCAAACUCUGGCCUCAGUUUACUGUAAGAAUAACACCUUAAUUCUUUUUUUUACUGUAAGUUUGUCAGAAUGUUUUCACACAGCUUUAUCUGCCAGCAACCAUGUAUUAAUAAUAUAUAUAUAUAUAUAUACACAUACACAUACACACACACACAGGAGCGUAGUUUCCAGGGGGGA